UUCGCUACGUAGCGUACGUGGUAUUUACAACGUGUGUGCACCUUCUUGCGCCAUCAUCGAUAUCCAAUACCCUUUUAUUUUCUAUUAAGACUUUCAACGAUAUCAUGUGUUCAUAAUUCCCACUCUAUCCACAGGAAUGACCACUACCUGGUGGUCGCGAUUAAGCAAGCAGCAAAAAAAGCACCAGGAUGACCAUGCUUUCGAGUCACAGCCCGGCGAAAAGUAUCAGGGGAUUCACAAGCUAUCCAACGACGAUGCUGACCUGACUCCUGGAGAAUUGACCUUUGAAGAAGAUACUGCGGGAGGCAUGGGUCGUCACCUUGGUGUAAUGUCUUGCACUCUCCUUAUCGUUGGAAAUGUUAUCGGCACCGGUAUAUUCUCGACUCCAUCUUCCAUCCUCUCCAGUGUGGGCUCAGUCGGCGCUUCUCUCAUGCUUUGGGUCCUCGGUUUCUUACUUAGCUUCUGUGGACUCUUUAUAUGGCUUGAGUUCGGCACCAUGUUUCCUCGAAGUGGCGGAGAGAAGGUAUACCUCGAGGCGGUCUACAGAAAGCCCAAGUACCUCGCCACAAUAGUAUUUUCUGCCAACGCUAUAUUACUUGGAUUCACUGCGAGCAAUUGUAUUGUUUUUGCCAGCAACAUCUUAGUUGCUGCUGGUCGACCCGCAAGUCGCUGGAAUGAGCGUGGAAUUGCACUUGGAGUCAUAUUCUUCGUAACUCUUCUACACGGAUUGAUCCCUAAGACCGGCGUAUUGAUCAUGAACUUGCUCUCGAUGUUCAAGAUCGUAAUUCUGGUGUUCGUUGUGAUCACAGGCUGGGUAGUUCUCUCUGGAAAAACCCGCGUCGCGGAUCCAUACUAUAAUUUCAGAAACGCAUUUGCGGGGAGCUCCACGAGUAGCAACGACUAUGCUACCGCCACAUUUAAAGUCCUGUACGCAUAUUCGGGAUGGUCUAACGUGAACUACGUGAUGAACGACGUCCGCAAUCCAGUGAGGACGCUCAAGAUCGCAGGCCCGCUCGGUCUUGGUAUAUGCACCGUUUUGUACUUGCUUGCGAAUGUGGCAUAUUUCUCGGCUGCAACCAAGACGGAGAUUGAUGAGUCUGGCGUUACUGUCGCUGCCUUGUUUUUCGGGAAUGUCUUUGGUUCUGUUGCGAAGCGUGCGCUAUCGGUCUUCAUUGCCCUCAGUGCUAUUGGAAACGUUAUCACUGCGACUUUUUCUGCGUCACGAGUAAACCAAGAGCUCGCAAAGGAAGGGAUACCUUUUCCAUUCGGAAACAAAUUCUGGGCUUCAAAUUGGCCCACUGGGAAGUCCCCACUUCCGGGAUUGAUAAUCCAUUUAAUACCCUCCGUUAUCGUCAUCAUCGGCCCUCCCCCGAACAUCGCUUAUCCCUUCAUUUUGGACAUUCAAGAAUACCCAAAGCAAAUUAUCAAUUUCUUUAUUGUCAUUGCUUUGUUCUACCUGAGAUGGAGGAAGCCAGAUGCUGUUCGGCCAUUCAAAGUAUGGUGGCCUCUCGCUGUAUUUUUCUUAGCUGCUGCUUCCUUCCUCCUCAUUGCUCCCUUCCUGAAACCAUCCAAUGGCGUUGGCGACACCCCACCACUGCCAUAUUACCUGUACUGUCUCGUAGGAAUCGCUGUCAUGUUCGUAGGCGUGCUGUACUGGGCUGCAUGGCGAAUCAUGCUGCCUAAGGUAUUUGGCUAUGAGCUUGUACCGAGGAAGGAGAGGUUAGACGAUGGGACUUUUGUCACUGUAUUUUCGAGUAAAAAGAUGCAAUGAUUUGGAGGUUGAUUGGAAGUGCUGUUUAUCAUUCAUGUAUUCAGGUGUAGUACUACUAGAGUGUAGAACGGACCCUCGCCGGUCAGCUCUACUUUCUGGUAUGUGCCGCCUGAAGUUCUUGCCAACACUGCGUUUUGAAUAUCUGACCAGUCAGUAAUCCCGUUGGAAUUCUGGUCUCUUAUGACAUUUUCUGCUUGAAUUGAUGGAUGCAAUAAUGUUGUUAAUGGUG